AUGUUGAUCGUGCACCCCGUAGUCGGUUUGCCAUGGUCGAGGGACCAAUUCCUGUUGCAGCGACCUAGCUCGUUGCAGCCGCUCCUCGUCCUCGAUUAGAAAUUCAGGCAGCGCGUCGACCUCGCCGCAACUCGCCAGAUUACAGAUGCCUGCAAAUGGAGGAAAAUUAUCAGCACCCUCAUGGGAUGGUGAUUGUGCAGCUCGGGGUUAGUCUGCCAUAGUCGAGGGGCCAUUUUCUGCUGCAGCCACUUCUAGUCCUACAUUAACCAAUUUAGCGAGCACGUGGACCUCAACUCGCCUACAAACUUAACGAACUAUGGACCAGCUCUCCACUCGUAACUUCCAACCAAGCAUCCCUUAACCCAUAAGAAAACGACCACCGAGAUACGACUUUUCGAGCCUGCGUGAUCGUAAUUCCAACGUACACCGCGAAACAGGAAGAGCCUCUCCGAUUAGCGGAUACUCCUGUAUCUCUGCCAGUUAUCGCGUCCGGUUUCGCGCUGGAAACCUCACGGCAACGUCAGACGUUGCAUAUUCGAUUUACGCGGUUCCAUCAUGAGACGCAGUGCGGUGAUCCUCGGGAUCUUCUGGGCGUUGCUGGAGAACCUCGGCGGCACAGGAGCGAUCUGCUCCACCAACAAGUACGAGAAAGGUCCGAGAUUAUGGCUGAAGUGUUCCCAUUCGAGCCUGUCGGAGCCUUUGGAAACUGGCAACUCCAUGGUCUCCGUUCUUUCGAUCUCCCUCUCGAAUAUCCCCUACGUUCCCGACCAGGCCUUCUUCAAAUUCGGGAGCGACCUGCUCCUGAUGAGCCUGCACUCCUGCGGGAUAAAGGACAUCCACGCGACAGCAUUUGACGGGAUGUACAGGUUGAAGAAGCUGAUCCUCUCUAGCAACAACAUCACCUACGUCCGACCCGAGUGGUUCUCCAGCCUGACCUCUCUGGAACACCUCGACCUGGCGUACAACUCCAUCUCCGGGAUCGACAAUGACGUCUUCCCCAGGUUGGCCAACCUGAAGACCCUUGACCUCGGUUACAAUCACCUGACCUGCCUGCCAACGAAGGGGUUGGAGCACCUGCGGAGCAUCAAUAAAAUUCGUAUCGAGGGAAAUCCGAUGAGUCUCACUUGUCGAGCUAAGACGACUCGAUGGCUGGUGGACAAGGGGGUGAAUUACAUGAGCUACUCGGAGAUCUCGGAGAACUGGCUGGACGAGAUGCUUUGGAUGUGCGGAUUCGGCGAGCCGGAAGUCGAGGAGUCAGAGAUCCUGAUGAAGGAGUGCGUCCUUCUGAGCCUCUUUAACCAGCUAAAAAGCGCCCUGACGACCUCGGACUCCUACGCAUUCACAGUUUCUGAGUGCGUAAACGAACGCAACGCCGUGGCGAGUUGUCUCCUUCAGAGUGGAAAACCUGGCAAGCCGAUAACCAACGGAGAGGCGAUGCGAAAAUUGCUGCUGGCGGUGCAUGGAUCGGCGUGAAAGAUAAGAAAUUUCGGUAUCUCGCCACUAGAGUUAAUAUCGGUAAUGUCGAGGCGCGCUUUAUCGGCGGUUUACUCGCGGUCUAAAAGGUUCGCUGACUCACCGGAAGAGGCGCUGCCGCUGGGCCGCAGCGACAUACCGAUGGAGGAGAUCUCGCUGUCGAAGAAAUCCUUGUCGCGAGCCCCAUCCCGACUCCCGGUGUUUUUGUCCGGCAUAAUUUGAAUUCGCACGCCGCCAAUUAUUUCCCGCACAUCCUCUUCUCCAAGCCGGAGCACUUCCUACACUUCUUUUCGCGAGACCCGCGAAUCGUUAGUUAAGGACCGCGUUUCACUUUCCUGCGGUCACUCGACGGAACCCCCUAAAAGAAAGAUGGCGUCGGCGCGCCUCCCCGUUACCUCUCCGAAAUCCAAAAAUACGAGGGCGAUCCCGAAGCAGUUAAGUCGCAUCGUUCUACCCGGAUAAGAAUAAACGAUAUUCGUGAGA